AGAUAUAGCCUUAUCUGGAAAAGAAAUAAUGCAGGUGUUGUCGCCAAGUGCAGAGUAUUGUCAGAUGGCCUGCUCACAACUUCCACAGUGUGAAUUAUUUACUUUCUUCACUAAGGAUUAUAAGAACACCACUGCAAGAUUCUACUGCAGCCUGAGACAGAAAUUGCCAUUAGGUCUGCUGGCACUUACAGAUUCAAAAGCCACAUCAGGAUACCCACUUAGAGACUGUGGUGGCCCCGUGAACACCUGCGAUAAAACCUUAUAUGCAGAUUUAAAUUUUACUGGAAGUGACUAUGGAUUAAAUCUAACUGGAACUGCCGAAAGCUGUCAGCAAGCAUGCACCAGUAAUCGUUUUUGCAAUUUUUUUACAUUUAUUCCCAAGUAA